CCGCCUUUAAACCCUCUCGGACCGAAGACGGUAGGGUUUUUGGCCGAGUGAAAGCUAUCGGAGCAAAUAUUUGAGUCAUGGCUUUUGCCAAUAAAAUCGGGAGUCUUCUCAAGUAUGUUGUGUCCUCCAAGCCUUCAAUCUAUCAGGCAGUACGGAUGAUGUCUUCAUCGAAACUCUUUGUCGGAGGACUAUCUUACGGAACAGAUGAUCAGAGUUUAAGAGAAGCAUUCUCUGGCUAUGGUGAAGUUCUUGAGGCUCGGGUUAUUGUUGAUCGUGAAACUGGGAGGUCAAGGGGUUUUGGCUUUAUAACCUUUACAUCUACUGAAGAGGCUUCUGCUGCUGUAACUGCCAUGGAUGGGAAGGAGCUCCAAGGCCGCAUGGUGAGAGUUAACUAUGCUACUGAUCGUCGCUCUGGCUUUGGCGGCGGUGGAUAUGGUGGUGGUGGAUACGGCGGUGGCAGUUACGGUGGCGGGUAUGGCGGUGGAGGCUACAGUGGUGGCGGCGGAGGCUAUGGUGGCGGUGAUGGUUCCGGUUUCGGCGGAGGUGGUGGCUAUGGUGGAGGAGCUGCAGGUGGCUAUAAUGGCGGGAGUGGGGGUGGCAAUUAUGUUGCCGGAGGUGUUGGUGGGAAUGAAAGCUAUGGUGGUGGUGGAGCAUUUGGACAAAGCCAGGGUAGCAGCAGCAGCUCUGCAGGAUUUGGAGGUAGUUCUGAUCUAUUCAAUUCGAACACCAACAAAGGCUUUAAUUAUGGCAAUCAGGAAAAGCUGGAUGAUAAAUUCAAGGAUGAUUUCGAUGAUGAUGAUGAUGAUGAUUAUGCAAAUAAAAGAGGUUAGUUUUAUUUCUAAUUCGCAUAUUGGAAUGGAAGAAGUUUUUGAGUGCUUUGAAUGUGUUUUUAUUUUAUUGUCUUUUCAUAAAUUGAAAGCGUGUAUUAUUUCUGUGAACUGAACAUCAUUUUGUAGUUCUAGUUUUUUUCCCGUG